AUGAACUGCAGAGUGCACUGCAUCAUUGUUGCAAGUAAAGCUCGUGUAGCCCCCCUGAAGACCAUUACAACCCCACUGUUAGAAUUGAAUGCUGCAAGAGUUGCUGUCAGUAUGGACCGUUUGCUGCGGCAAGAACUAGAUCUAUCCUUUGUACACUCAUGGAGAUACGUUGACACCAAGAAUAAUCCAGCUGACUUAGCAUCACAUGGGGUUCGGAUUGAUGAGUUCCUCAAGCGCAAGGACUGGGUAAGUGGUCCCCCUUUCCUUGGGGAAAGUGAGGACUAUUGGCCUGCUCUCCCUGCAGAUAUGGUGAGCAAUAAGCUGGAUGUAGAUGAUGCUGAAGUGAAAGGUAAUACAGUUGCACUCUUUACUGCAGCCAAGGAGCCAGGAGGGAUUGAUCUUCUGUUUGAAAGAUUUUCCAAUUAG